AUGUUGAGUGGAGUUGGUUGUGUGCGAGUCUUCAUAAAUGCAUCGCCAAUUGAGGAUCAUUUUACCCGGGUAACCAUAGCUCUGACUGCCUCUCUGUAUGACAGUGCCGGCCGAUACAGCCAAGCAUACAGUGUCUACAUGGUAGAUACGACAUUUCCAACAGGUUUGAUUUUUAGGGCAGCUAGCAACGCGUACUGAAACCCAAGAUUAAUGUUCUAAACAGUUCGUUACGCGACCUGUCACCAUGAAUUCCAAUUUAUUCUUCUUCGAUCAGACGGGCAUUCGAAAGCGCGCGAAACGACAGAAGAAAACGCCGGAUGAGCUUCCACAAAGUCUACGAUUUGCCCACCUCAACCCUAGGAUCGCCGCUUUUCUUAGACAACAGGAAAGAGCAAGAGCUCGGGCCGGAGAAGGUGAUGAUCAUACACCACGAGAAGGCGACGGUAGUAACCCGACAGCUGAUGGUGCAAAUAUUAUUAACCUACGCGAUUUGAAAGCAGGAAUAGGAAUAGGAAGAGGAGAUGGAUUUUUUCUUCCCGAUAUAAAAGACGGUAGUUUCAGCCUCCCUCUGCUAAGAACAGGUUACUUUGACAAUAAUUCAAACGAUGGCGAAGAAUUUACCCAAAGACACUUAUACCAAGAAGCUAUUUUUGCAGCUCCCAUGCUGCUGAUUCAAUUAGGACGAAUUCUUUAUCUUUUCCGAAACGAGCAUUUGGAUCUUCCACGAGAACUUGUAAAUCUGUUACUGAACAGCUGGAUAGAACUAAUCAGUGAGACUCAAUACACAACAAGAGAGUGGCAAAGUCAGGCUUACCAGGAAAAGGCCAUGAAUAAAAUAGAAGAAGAAGAACGAGAGAAAGAACAGAAAGAUAAAGAAAUCAAAGAAGCUGCAGAGGCUGAGGAGGCAGAAAAAGAGAAAAAAAAGAAAAAGAAAAAAAGAGCAGAUGAUGAUGAUGAGAGUAAAAAGGGGAUGGUGGACACAUCUGAUGGAGCCCCUGCAAUAUUACAGUACCGAAAAGAAAGCAAAGCCCCAUCAGUUGGAAGCACACCACUUAAACCCAAGACACGUCUGGAGAGAUUUAAAUCUAUGCACAGACUUGAAGUUCCUGAAGCACGAAAGAGUGGUCGUAAAGUUGGUGGAAUUGACUUACAGUCCAAUACAACAGAAUCACAUUCAGAAGUAGCAGCGCAGGUAUCCAAUCGAGAACAGCCCAGUUUCCUACAGGUAAUCAAUUUCACAUUGUCAUCACGAUUGGCAGAGGAAAGAGGAUGGAUUAUACAUCCAGAUGAGAAGGAUGAUUUAGAGAGACAAACUAUUAUUGAGUGGGCAAGUCAAAGAUUACAGCUUUGUAUAAAACAGACGUAAGUAACAAUCAAA